CCCUGUUCUUGACUUUUAGCACUUUUGCGCGUAUCUUGUUUUGACGAGAAACCGCAAAGAAGCUGCCUCCUCGACCUAUUUUAAAACACGGUACAUUUACUGAGACGCAGUGAUGGACCAGAAUAAAGUCUAUGGUUGGUAGUGGGAUCUUCCUUUCUUCAUCACACGAGGGAGGGGUAGCCUGCCUUUACUGCCCUCUUCACAGAUACCUGCCUCCUCCUUGGAGGGAAACAAUCCUCAGUCAUAGGAAAUCCGCCUCUCCUGAUUUGAGGAAAAUGUUUCACCCUGGGAGAGAGAACCAUCAAACGGGACCAAGGGAUGUCUCUGACUCCAAUGUGGUAAAACUCAUCAAUAAGCUCAAAGCCAUCCUGAAGAAAAAGUACCAAAGUCCGCCAGGGGGGGAAACUGAGCAUCCAUUUUAUAUACAUUGUGAUGUCCAGUAUCCACCUGGUGAAAGUGGAGAGGUGAACCAACAUGAGUACAUUCAAAUUAAGCCAACUUUCAGGAAGAGACACCAAUGGAGAUGCUCACCCUUAAGCUUAUACUUUGAUUCUGAACUAGACGACGAGCGAGUCAGAAUAGCGCUGACAAAGGGCGUCUCUGGUAUUGGCAAAACAAGCCAGGUGCGGAUGAUUAUUCUUAACUGGGCAGAGGGAAAAGGAAACCAGCAAUGUACUCUCAUAUUUCCCCUUCCUUUCCGGGAGCUGAAUUUGCUGAAGGAGAAAUUGAGUCUGAUUGAACUUCUUUACAAGUUUUUCCCAGAAUUGAAAGAACCUGGAAUUUACAACUUGGAGAACUUGAGAGUUGCGUUCAUUCUUGACGGGCUGGAUGAAUUCCGACGUCCUCUCGACUUCAAGAACAGCCCGAUAGUGACCGAUGUCACAGAGCCCUCCUCCGUGCCGACACUGCUGACAAACCUAAUUAACGGUAACCUUCUUCCCUCCGCCGCUCACAUAUGGAUUACAUCCAGACCUGCGGCAGUCAGUCGCAUCCCUCUUCAGUACAUCAACGAAGUGACAGAAAUCGAAGGCUUCACGGACUCUCAGAAAGAGGAGUUCUUCAGGAGAGCAAUCAUUCACACGGACCAGGCCAAUGCAAUUAUCCACCACUUGAAGUACUCAAAAAGCCUCUAUGUUUUGUGCCAGAUACCUAUUAUCUGUUAGAUUUCUGCAUCAGUCCUCGUUAGACAGACAUGGCUAUCCGAUAAAGAAUAUGACCCCGGAGCUCUGACUCCAAUGUACACUGACCUACUCGCCCUGUUGCAAACACAGAAUCAGAAUACACAGAAGAUGGCUAUUAAAUUUGGAGAACUAGCCUUUAAGCAGUUGGUGAAAGGCAACACGGUUUUCUACAGGGAAGACCUACAAGAGUGCGACAUUAACUGUGAUGAGGGGUCAGAGUUUGCAAAAGUAAGCAUACCCAUCUUCAGGGAGGAUAUUGGGCUGCACCAAAAGAAGAUCUACUACUUUGGGCAUACCACCAUUCAGGAGUUCUUUGCUGCAAUGUGGUUUAAUCGGUCCUGCAACAGCCUAGAUGACAACCUGAGGAAAGCAGUGGACAUGGCCUUACAGAGCAAAAACGGAAAGCUGGACCUCUUCCUCCGGUUCCUCCUCGGCUUCUCGCAGAGCUUCAUCCAGUCAAUCGCAGAGGCCGGCUACAACUUCUCGGAGACACUGACGGAAGCAGUAGAGUAUAUCAAGAAGAAGGUGAUGGAGAAUCCCGCUUCACCGAGGACCCUCAACCUGCUGAACUGCCUGACGGAACUGGGUGACAGCUCUUUAGAAACGGAUGGUGUGAGCUUUCUCAAUACGGGAAUCCCCCCAGAUGCCAAAUACCCACGUGCACAUUGGUCUGACCUGGCCGCUGUGUUAUUGGCAUCGGAGUCUGGGCCAAUAGACAUGCUUGGGUUGGAAGUAAAGAAGAGAGGAGACAAGGAACUUCUGAGGAUGCUGCCAGUGAUCAAAGCUUCCCAGACAGCCAUGCUGUCAUAUCACAAACUAACAGAGAAAUCCUGUGAAUGUCUGGCCUCGGCGCUCACCUCAAAGGUGUCCAAUCUGAAAACUCUGGACCUGAGUUUCAACACGCUGAAGGACUCAGGAGUGCAGCUGUUGGCGGCCGGCUUGGCCAAGCCACACUGCCGACUGGGGAGACUGAAACUGUCCGGCUGCAGGGUGAAACAGAAUGGCUUUGCAGCUCUGGCCAAAGCUCUCAAAUCCAACCCCUCGCACCUGCAAGAGCUGGAUCUGAGCGGAAACGAACCGGGAGAAUCAGGGGUGUUUCAUCUCGUUGACGGACUGAAGGUUGUCAAUUGCAAACUGCAGAUCCUAAAGCUCUCAAACUGCAAGCUGGGCCUGGAGCUGAGUCGCGCUCUGGUGGUGUUGCUGAUAGACAACCCCAGACACCUGCGAGAGCUGGACGUCAGCAUGAACGACCUGGGAGACCGGGGGGUGAAGCUGCUCAUGGACAUACUGAAGUCAACCCAGAUAUACAAACUGGAGUUGUACUGUUGUCAGCUCACUGAGAAAUGCUGUGAGAACAUGUUUAGGUGUCUGGCCAACAUCCCCAGUCUGAGGGAGCUCAACCUGAGCAACAAUAACCUGAAGGACGAGGGGUUCAAGAUGCUCUGCAAAGCCUUCAGGCUGCCCGCCUGUCAACUGGAGAAAGUCAUUUUGGCGAGCUGUGGCAUCACCCUAGUCAGAGGGUUUCAUUUCAACUCUAUCCUCAAAGAGCUAGACAUCAGCAGGAACCAUCUGGGCGACUUGGAUGACUGGGCCGAUGUCUUGUUCUGCUUGUCUUCACUUGAGACCCUCAGGGUGAGUGACUGUAAACUGACAGAGAAAUGCUGUGGGGAGCUGGUCGAAGCUCUCAGCUCCAACCUCACCAACCUGAAAGAGCUGGAUCUCUCUGGAAACGACCUGGGAGACCGCGGGGUGAAGACUCUCUACAUGGGACUGACGUCCAGGUGUUGUACACUGGAGAGACUGUUUCUGAGAUGCUGUGGGAUCACAGUAAAGGGCUGCUCCUCCCUAGCCGUAGCCCUGAAGUCCAGCCACUCCAGCAUCACAGAACUAGGCCUGAUGGGAAACGACACGGGAGAAGAAGGACUGAGAAUUCUCUCCGGCAUCAGGGACAACCAACACUACAAACUACAGACUCUAGAAAUCAACGAUUGAGAGAGGUCUUGACUCGCUUGAUGGGGUUCUUCUUGGCGUCUCGAUCCUCAAGUUCUGUACUCGCUCCGGUCAAAAGUGCUUCACUGUAAAGGGAACAGGAUGCUAUCUCGGACACAGACUGGGAUUUGCAUUCAGGCGACUGAAUUGAUCGCUGUGCAGACUGGGAUUUGCAUUCAGGCGACUGAAUUGAUCGCCGUACAGACUGGGAUUUGCAUUCAGACGACUGAAUUGAUCGCUGUGCAGACUGGGAUUUGCAUUCAUACGACUGAAUUGAUCGCUGUGCAGACUGGGAUUUGCAUUCAGGCGACUGAAUUGAUCGCUGUGCAGACUGGGAUUUGCAUUCAGACGACUGAAUUGAUCGUUGUACGGACUUAAAGUGCCUAAACUUGAAAAAGUGAAUUAUAUAGAAUUUUAAAGAGUAGGAUGCCCUUUACGAUGUAACCACAUUGUCUGUACCAAACUAAAGGAUGUUACUCAGUACCUUUAACCUCAAUCAUGCUCAGUAACCUCAAAGUCCAUGCAGUACUUUUUGCACAUCAAUGUCAAGUCAAGACGUUACAGUAUACGAUGUAGCCUUUACUGAAGAGAAGGGUGAUGCUAUGUUUUACAUAAUGACCUUAUUCCGUUUUCUUGUUUAACCAAGGAUGUGUCAUCAUUGGGGGACUAUGGUGGGACUGAAUAAAUGAAUAAGCCAUUUGAAGACGUUUUCACCUUUACCAACCCCCCCACCCCCCAGACUACCCGCACAGUCUUCAACGAUACAAAUUCAAUAGAACCCUUAGAUUGGUGUGAUAUGAACAUGCAAAUGAACAGAAUGCUACCCUAGACAGCAUAGAUACAAUUGGACGAAACAUGGUAGAGCUGAAGUACAAAACUCCAUAUUGAAAGGUUUAACUUAAUAAAAUGAGGAUCUCUAUGGUUAAAUCUAUGGGCUCCUGAGUGACGCAGCGGUCUAAGGCACCGCAUCUCAGUGUUUGAGGCGUCACUACAGGCACCCUGGUUCGAUUCCAGGCUGUAUCACAACCGGCUGUGAUUGGCCCAGCGUCAUCCGGGUUUUGCCGGCGUAGGCAGUCAUUGUAAAAUAAGAAUUUGUUAACUGACUUUCCUAGUUAUAUAAAAAAUAAUUAAAAAAAAAAUCUAAAUCAUCUUUCCUACCUUUGUAUUUAGUGAAUAGUGUUGACCAACUUUAACUGCAGAUAAGUAAAAACAUGAUAUAUUGGUUUUUUUGCAUUAGUGAUUUAUGCAUUUACCACCACAUCACUGAAUAUCAGCCUUGCAUGAUUCAACAUAGGUUAUAAGUUACUGUAUAUACCACUACAAGCACAGGCUGAGUUUUUGGGGGCGUUUUGUGUUUUUUAAACUCAUUAAAACGUUCUAAAAUUAAUGAAAACAUGCAUUAAUAAACUGUAUAUUUUAUAUAUUG